CUCGUACGUGCAGGGAUGAUCGAGGGAGUGGGAAGGUGUUCGGUAGUUUCUGUGUCAACCGUUGUGUGUACUGUGUUGCUAGCAUGCUGCAGUGGUGGAGGACGGAACAAAAUUGAGAUUGGAAGGGCUUGCUGCAUCAUGCAUUUUUGGUGGAUAAUCUUCAUUUGCUUUGACUCUUCACUCCUUGUUGUCUUCAAAAUGUCAGGCUUGCUUAAUUCAAACCUUAAUAGUUCCGCAUCAAAUCUUCCGGACUCAACUGGAAGGCCAUUUACAGCAUCCUUUUCAGGCCAAUCCGGAUCAAUUCCAGGUUUCCAUCAUUCUGGUUUGCACAACAUUCAUGGAAGUUUCAACCUUCCAAAUAUGCCUGGAUCACUUGCACAAAGGAAUGCUGCAAUGAGUGGCCUUCCAUCCUCUGGGGUUCAACAACCCGGUGGGAGCAUUUCUGGGAGAUUCACCUCAAAUAACCUUCCGGUUGCCAUGUCUCAGAUUCCACACGCACAUUCAGGUGUCAGUGGUAGAGGGAUGAAUGUUGGUGCAGGUCCAGCAUUUAGUAGCAGCAUGAAUAUUGGUGGUAACAUUCAAGGCUUAUCCUCGAGCUUGGGCGCCAGUGGUAGUCGCAAUUCUGUUCCUGGGAUUUCGGUAUCUCCAUCUUUAGGAAACUUGGGCCCAAGGAUCACAAGUUCUGUAGGAAAUAUUGUAGGUGGAAGUAAUAUUGGAAGAAAUAUAAGCUCUGGUGGCUUAUCUGUGCCAAGUAUUGCAUCUCGGAUGAAUCUGAGUGGCAACACUGUGAGUGGUAAUCUAAAUGUGCAAGGAUCUAGCAGGAUGAUGAAUGGCCUGCUUCAGCAAGCAUCUCCUCAGUUGAUAAAUAUGCUUGGAAGUUCUUAUCCAACAUCUGGAGGUUCAUUACCACAGAACCAAAUUCAAGCAGGAAAUAAUUCUCUAAGUUCUAUUGGGAUGUUGCAUGAUGCCAAUGAUACUGCUCCAUUUGACAUAAAUGAUUUUCCCCAAUUGACUGGUCGACCUAGUUCAGCUGGUGGUCCACAAGGACAAUAUGGGUCACUACGCAAGCAAGGAGUUGGUGUUAAUACUAUUGUUCAACAAAACCAGGAAUUCAGCAUUCAAAAUGAAGACUUCCCAGCUUUGCCUGGAUUCAAAGGUAACUCUUCAGAUUAUGCUAUGGAGUUGCAUCAUAAGGAACAACUUCAUGAGAAUGUACCUGUAAUGCAAACACAGCAGUACCCUAUGGCAAGGUCAGUUGGCUUUAAUUUAGGAAGUAGCUACCCACCAAAUCGUCAGCAACACCAGCAAGGUGUUAACUCCGUCCAGAAUGCUGGAACUCAAAAUAUUGGACUAAGACCACUCAAUCAAGCUCCUCCUAGUUUGGCACCAUACGAUCAAAUUUUGCAGCAAUACCAGCAGCCGCAGACUCAAAAUCCUUUCAGGAUGCAGCAGAUGCCUUCAGCUGCACAUUCAUUUCGGGAUCAGAUUCAAAAGAUUCAGGGGGGGACGUCACCACCUGAUCCAUAUGGCUUGUUAGGAUUACUGGGAGUUAUAAGGAUGAAUGAUGCUGAAUUAGCAUCUCUUGCUUUAGGCAUAGAUUUAACAACAUUGGGUUUGAACUUGAAUUCACCUGAUAAUCUAUACAAGACAUUUGGCUCACCCUGGUCAAAUGAGCCAGCAAAAGGAGAUCCUGAUUUCCAUAUUCCAUCUUGCUACUUCUCCGAGCAAACUCCAGCGCUACAGACUAUACUUUUUCAGAAGCUUCACCUGGCAACCCUAUUUUACAUCUUCUAUAGCAUGCCAAAGGAUGAAGCUCAGCUAUAUGCUGCCCAUGAACUAUAUAGUCGAGGAUGGUUUUUCCAUAAAGAAUCAAGGUUAUGGUUCACAAAAAUUCCAAACGUGGAACCUCUAGUCAAAACUCAUAUCUAUGAACGUGGGUCUUAUGGUUUCUUUGACCCACAGAUUUGGGAGACAGUCCGUAAGGACAACUUUGUUCUCCAUUACGAGCUGGUAGAGAAAAGGCCAGCCCUGCCUUCUGUAGCACAAAAUGUUAGAUGAAAAAAAAUAUUGGUAUCUCCUUAGUCCUAACUCAAAUUCUGUCCCUGCUGGAUGGGACAGCUCAUAUUCACAUUAUGGCAUCAUUACCUAACUCUUAAGGUCUUGGGAUGAGGACCUACCUGAUUCGGGUAGUAUGGAAGAGCACUCGGAAGGGUGUGGGCACUGUAUCUAGCGGUUGUGGACUUAUGGUGAGGGAUGGGGGUGAUUGAUGUUGUGUUCUCAGAGCUGGUUUAGCCCAUAUGGGUGGACUUGCCAGUGGGGAACCCAUUUUUUUGGGGGAGGCAGUCGAGUGGAGAAAAUCUGGAUGAUCACUAAAUCCAAUGGCUCGAAGCAGUAUAAAUAACCCUUAAAGGAAAGUGGGCUUGACAGAAUCUCGCUCUUGGACGGGGAGAAACUCAGACACUAAGGUUACACUGAUCUGCUGUGAGGAAGGCUGCAGAACAGAAUUGGGGAUGUCCAGUUGACAGCCCUUGUAAUUAUACUAAACCAGUGUAGAGAAUGUUGCAUUUUCGUGGGGAGUGCGUACUCCCUGUAAAGCUAACUAAUGUUCAGGAUUAGUUGUCUUCACAGUUGCCUUUCCCGCCUCAAAUGACAACAUAGCUGGUCUGCACCAUGUAACUCGGCGUCUUGUCCCAAAGUCGAACAGACUAGGACAUUUGGGAUAGCAGUGGAGGAAGCCAGGUUGGGUGCCGGAGAGGUGUCCACUGAUCAUCGCGGAACCCGGUGGUCAGUAGGGAAAUACGGGAUACUGAGUGGUCUGAAUGCAGGGCCCUGGUUGGGUGCGUGAGAGGUAUCGGCCACUGUUGGCUCAGAUUGUGUUGUGUUAUCGCUGUGAACCGACUCGAUCGCCCCGAGCUAACCCUAACACCCCGUGUCAUUCCUAGAGCUGGUUUGGUAAGGCUUUUGCUUC